AUGCAGCAGACGGGCUCACAAACGCCGCAGCAGCCGACUUCUCCUGUCAAGAGGCCAGCCAGAUCCAAGAACGGCUGUAUGACCUGCAGGCGUCGCAAAGUGCGCUGUAAUGAAAUUCGUCCCAUCUGUGGCCAUUGUUCCCGCUUGAACUUGGAAUGUAGAUGGAGGCCAUCUAAUUCAACCCUCUUGGCGAAUAGCCCUCGUGGCACCCUACCUACUAAUCGAGUGAGGUCUGAUGGCAAUAAUAACCCAAGAACUCUCGAGAUUUCAGCACAGCUCUCAACUUCUUCUGCCCAGGAAUCGUUUGAUGAUGUUUUCAAUUAUGCGAGUUUCAUGUGGGAUGGAUCAGAGAUUUGGAAACCCCCAACUUGGGGAAACCAAGACGUCUCCGUGAUAGAUCAGGCUCUACCAAAUGCAACCAUGGACAAUGUUAUUUCAUCUAGUAUCCCGUCAGGUGACCGGGCGCUGCUGGAUUAUUUUGUUCAGUCGGUAGUACCUCCGAUCAUCGCCCAAGUCGAGACCCAGGGCAAGUGGGCGUCUAUGCGGCAGACGCUCAUAUCCAUGUCCCGAUCGUCGUCAAUACUACGCCAUGCCAUCCUGACCUUUUCCUCGCUUCUCUUAUCUAGACAAGGUGAAGGAUUAGCAGAUACUACACAGAAGCAUUAUGCAAAAACCGUCGCUGAGCUAACCAGGUAUGAUGAGGCUGGGCAUACACCCCAACAAAGAGACGAAGCUCACAGUCGGGCCUCCAUGCUUGCGACUCUUUUCUUUCUUAGUUACACGGACCUCCUCGAAGGAAGAAAUGAGCUUCUGCACGCAAAUCUCAAAAGAGCCUUUGACAUCUACCAAUCAUCGGAUAAGGCACAUUUUCGGGCCGUCGAGGUCCGGCUCCUCUCGUGGAUCCGGAUGAUAGAUGCCAGGGCAGUAUCUGCCGGUGGAGAGGGGCUUUUCCUAUCUGAAAUCGAUGAGAAGCUUUUGACAUACGCUUCACCCGGCAGUCUCGAAGGAGGAGAGCUAGGAGUCGGUGACCAACCUGAGACGGACAUCGAAGAAGUGCUGUUCGAUAUCCUGUACCAACCAGGCAUCGUGUUCUUCCAGAAAGUGCAGAGCUUUAGCGGAAGAAUUGCACAUCUAGAUCCCUUCCACAGGCGCCGAGGUACGGUGGAAGAUGAGACUGAGGUGAUGAGUAUUGCGGCUGAAAUUUCAAAAGAUCUCCGCCAAUUAUAUGAAGCCCGACCUCCGCUUAUGGAUUAUGCAGCAGCCGGGCUCCUAGUGGCACCGCACGUCUCGUCAAAUCUUGCCCUCACAAUCUCCAGGGCGUUUCGGACCUUUUUGUCCAACUACCAUGCAAGUAAGAUUCAUUUACAUAGGGUUGCAUACAAAUCGCUUCCUCUUACAAAAGAGACGAUCGAGUCGAUCGAUACCAUUCGCAACCUGGCAAACUUGCUCGUCGAUAGGGAUUCCCAGGACAUGUUACCGGUCAAUAUGCUCUGGCCGCUAUUGAUGUGGGGAUCCGAGGAGAAGGAUGGAGACGAGCGAGCGUGGAUCAAAUCGCAGAUUCUUCGCAUGGAGAAAGUUGCAACAAAUGCCAGGAUUACGAGCCAGGUGCUCGAGGAGGUGCAGAAGCGCCAGGACACAUUGAAUGCCAGACAGGAUAUUCGCGAGGUGAUGGAGCAUGUCUUCAACAGCUGUUGGGCGAUCGUCUGA